UUCCAAAAUGCAUCUAAAAAGAAGAGGGAUCACUGGAAUCAGAAUGUUCUCCCAAUGGCUUGGAGGAGGAUCUUCGGAGUUAUCAAAUUAUAACAACUACAGAUCAGAAAAUCAAGGAAUGUAUAACAAAUAUCUUCAAAAUGAUGCUCCCAGAAGAGUACCUUACUACCAAGAUGAGCUGUUUGAUCAGAAGAAAAAUGAUAGAGAUUUUAGUAAUAAAGACAAAUACUCUCAUAAAGCCCAGUCUAAGGAGAAUAAGAACAAGAAGAGGUUCUUCAUCAAGCCCUACACUGUGUAUAAUUUUGAGGAAAAGCAGCUCCUUACUCUUCGGCCAAGAAACUGAAUUUACAAAGAUAGAGGGGAUGGUAUCCUCCAAUGUACAAGAGUUGGUUAUAUGGUCAUGAAACUAACCCCCAUGGUGGAGGAAAUGAAUGGCGGAAAAUUUAAAAAGUUCACACCUAGCUAUGAAGAAUCGUGUAGUUUUGUAAUAACUUCAAAGAAUAUCGGAUCUAUCUUGGCAUUAAAUGUUAACAAUAGAAUUGCUAAAUAUGAGACGCUUGAUCAAAUCCUUGAAAGCACUACAAGAAAGUCGAUGACUGAUGAUUAUUUAACCCUGCUAAAAAUCGAAAAGAAAGCAAAAGAAGAGCCUACUGAAGAUAAAGUUGAAUUUCAAAUGACCUAUUUUGAAGCACAAGAAGACAAGCUCCUAAAAAGCACUGCGAUGACUCUAAGUUUAGGCGAAAUGAUGGUCUUCCAAGUUUUGUGUAAAAGAUUUCUGUGUGAGGCUAUUCAUGGAUGGUCCUUCUUAAAACAUAAGUAAUAUAGAUGCCCUCUUACAAUACUGAUUUAUAUUUCAAAUUGA